AUGUCCUUAUCCACUGCCAUCCCUAUCACAUAUUUUACGUCAUCACCAUCUGGAGCUUCAUCUGGAGCUUCAGAUAAAGAAGACCACUGGCUCCUGAACACCCUGGCCACCGCGGCGCUAGGGACUAUCGGUGUAGUGAUAAUUGUGUUCAAUUUGAUUGGAAAUUUCGGGAAUUUCAAUGUGAUCUACGCGACGUGGAGGAGUAAGAACUUGCAGACAAAUAGAUCAACUGUGACACAAACAUCCGGAAUUACAGAGAAACUUUAA